AUGAAGUCCAUAAUGGUCAUCUCCAUCGUAACUGUCCUGAUCUUUCAGCUAAUUACAUCUGGAGAAGCAGCUGAAUUCCCAAAAUAUGUCAUUAGCCUUGAACACAAUGCUUUUGGUGACCAGUAUGUUGGCUGUGAGGAGAACAUGGAGACAAAGGCAAAAGAGCUCUUAGCUCAAGAAAGGGCGAUGAAUUCAACUUUUAAUAAACUGUGGGAAAAAGCAGAAAUCAAAUGGGAAGAGCUAACUCCCAACAGGAAAAGAAUGGAGAAGCCAUAUGAAGUUGCUGUCAUUGCCUACACAAUGGAAGAGAAUAAGAUUUAUCCAACUUUUAAUCAAGCAGUGAGAGAAUGCUGUGAGUCCCUGGAGGCUUAUAUGAAGAAAUUCCAUUUUAAAGCUCUCCAUUUCUAUCUGACCAGAGCUGUGCAAAUCCUGAGAGGAUCAGGAUUCUGCCAAAAUGUGUACCGGGGCAUCUCUGUGCAACAGCUACCUGAUGGGACGGGAGAGAUGCGCUUUGGUCAAUUUGCUUCAACUUCUCUGAAACAAAAAGUGGCCUUUAUAUUCACAGAAGGUACAGGGACAUUCUAUGAUAUUUAUACCUGUCAAGGAGCUCGUAUUGAACAUUUAUCAGCUUAUCCAGAGGAAAAAGAGGUGCUGAUCCCCCCAUAUGAGUUGUUCACUGUGUCGAGUUUCUCACAAUUUGAAGGCUUAAAAAAGGUCGUGCUAAAAAGCAAAAGAACAUUUAGCAAGUUUAACUGUGCCUACCUACAAGCUUCUGGUCAAAUGACAAAAGGCCCUGGACAGUUGUCAACCAUCUUAUUCUCUGGAAUAUUCAUCUUGUUCUUCCAAGAUCAUUUGCAGAUCUUGACGAGGCUCUGACCACACUGGGGAUUCAUAUUGAUAGUGGUAUGCCUGUGUUUACCAGUUGGCUCUCCCUACUAAAAAAGA